AUGAAGGCGUGUGCAACUCUCUCUUUCGGCUUGGCUCUCGCGGCAAGCGCUCACCCCACGGUGAGCACGAGAGCGGACGAGCAGGACUAUAAUGCCACGUACCUGGGCCAGAUACUGCUCGAUCGGCUCGAAAAGAUUGCCAUCAACGAAGAAUCGCCGCCGCGAUUCGUAUCCCCCCAGGCGUGGCAACAUACCUGCCCCGAUGUCCUGCUGAGCUUUCAAGGAGAGCAGGUCCAGUUCUGGCACGAAGCAAGCAUCUAUCCCAACGAUACAAUCAGCAAGAGGGCAUUUUACAUCCCCCACGUGGAAACAGGCGACAUCAAUCCAGGGCCAGGCGACCUCAAGCUGAGCAUCGCCAAGUCCACCAUGAAUUCCAAAAUGGAGAGCAAGGGCUGGACCGUCGGCGCCAGGGUCGCCGGGACGUUUGGAGCCAAGGACGGCCCAUCCGCCAACGUUGAGCUGUCGGCAUCGUACUCGGACACGACGACGACGACAAAGAUGCAGACGGUGACGACGUCCCACGACGCGUCCUGCAAGCCUGGCUACGAGUGCAGGCUUGAGACGUGGACGUUUCAUAUAGCUGUUCGCGCUCGAACCCGUCUACUUCCGUACUAUCAAACGUGGACUGCGGGAGGAGGACACGGUGCCAAAACAGAGACGUGCCAGAUGAAGCAAAGCGUCGCGACGUGCGAGCAAUUCAGGCAGAGACUCAGAGAGUGGUGCGAUUAUUCCCCCGAGGUCAACAACAAGGGGGUGUGGCCGCCCGCGCCGCUCGACCGCACCGAGGACAUUGAGCUCAAGCUGCCCAUUGCGGAAGCAAACGGGAACCAGCUCAUGUCUCGGAUUGUGCUGGUAUCGGAGCCCAUCAUGAGGAAGAAGUCGGGGGACGUGCCAGAGGCCGUCAAGGAAGGCACCCAACAGACCAUCAAGGAGGCCAUGGAGAGAGGUACAAGGUUCCAGGUUCUAGAUUCGUCGUCGUCGUCGUGA